AUGUUGUUUAGGUACGGUCGCCCUCCACUAUCUGAGGAUGCGCUCUUGGCGUCAGCCAAUUUCACCCUAUCUCUCCUCCCCGCACGCUUAGCCUCUCGGAUCCAAGCCCUACAAAAUCUCCCCUUCAUUGUUGUCUCAAAUCCGAGCGUAUCGAAAAUUUACCGCAACUACCUCCACUCUCUUUCCACUCUUCUCCCAUACCAUCAACGUAAGAUCACGACCUUGGAGGAAGAGAAUCAAUUUGGCGAUGUGCUGGCCGACCUGGUACAGACACAUACCAAUACCAUUCCAGUUCUCGCGCAAGGUUUUCUUGAGUCUCGCAAAUAUGUCAGUCCUGACUAUGUGACCCGCUUCUUGGAUACACAUCUGAGGGCAAGAAUCGGCACGCGACUGAUGGCUGAGCAACACCUCGCUCUGCGGUUUACAUCACAGCUCGAUUCGGAGCAACCAUCGAACAGCACAACUCCUUCAAAUUACAUCGGAGUUAUCGACACAACUCUCAAGCCAGCACAAAUCGUGCGCUUGUGCGAGGACUUUGUUGGAGAGAUCUGCGAAUUAAAGUAUGGGGUCCGUCCCCGGCUAGAGAUUUCCGGAGAGACGGAGGCCUCGUUUGCCCACAUCCCGGUCCAUUUGGAAUAUAUAAUUACCGAGCUGUUGAAAAACGCAUUCCGUGCGACGAUCGAAUCUGGGAACGAGCAAGAGCCUAUCCAGGUUACUAUCGCUGCGGCUCCUGACAUGCACAAGCGUCAUGUCCAAGACGUUGAUUACCUCGAGUCGCAUUUGAAGCCAAAGGUUGAUCCAUCUUUGACUAAUGAUGAUAUUUUCAACCCAUCCUCUCAGAGUAUCACUAUUCGCAUCCGUGAUCGGGGAGGUGGCAUUCCUCCAGAAGUUUUCCCAAACAUUUGGUCUUAUGCCUUCACCACAUUUUCAGAUAUGGACGUUCAGAGCUCCGAGAAUAACAAUCUGGAUGCUCUGAAUACGUUCUCAAAUAGUGGUGGUAAUCUGAGCAGCAUCGCUGGUUUGGGAUAUGGACUGCCUUUGAGCAGAGCCUAUGCUGAAUUUUUCGGAGGUGGUAUCGCUAUACAGAAUAUGGUGGGCUGGGGAACAGACGUUUACCUGACCCUACGUGGAGUUGGAAAGAUUGACUAA